GAGCGGCCUGCCUCGGGCGCCUUGACUCCUUCCGCUUUCCCGGCGGGCCCCGCGCGGCGCCUGCGUGCUCGCUGACCUUUCCCAGUCGGUUGUCGGGGUUCUGUGUGGCUUGAGGCCUUCAUUUAGCGGAGAUGUUUCAAAGCUUAAUUAAGAAUGUCUGGAUGCCCUUGAAGCCCUACUAUACCCAGGUUUACCAGGAAAUUUGGGUAGGAGUGGGGUUGAUGUCUUUCAUCGUUUAUAAAAUCAGGAGUGCUGAUAAAAAAAGUAAAGCUUUGAAAGGUGCUACACCUGCUCAUGGUCAUGGUCAUCAUUAGCCCGCUCCCUGAGUACACUCAAGAUGAAUCCUCAGUCAGCCUGUAAAUUUAAGCAAGCUGUGUUAGUUGGGAACAUGGAACGUCACUGUACACUUGCCUAAGUACCAUUUACUAUGUGGCAUCAAUAAAUGUAUCUGUGAGAUGCACCACUACCCAUGGGUACUACUCUCUGUGUCCUCUAAUGCAGCAGGUACCCUCAGAACCUCCCGGAGCCACCUCCUUAGGAAACCUGAGGAACGAGGAGCAAAAUCUUCGUUGCCCUAAGCAUUGGUGGUCAGACUGCAAUAUCCAAUAAAUACCUGUUAAAUGGUC